AGAAUGAUCGCAUCCGAGCGGCGCAUCAUCAUUUAUCAAUACAAAAUCUUUGGCGUGCUCAAUGCAUUGACAAGAAACAAAUGUUUGUUUUAUAUCGAUUAUCCAGUUUUUCCUCCUCCUCCUCGCGGGGUUCAGAGUUGCUCGUCGGGUUGACAAAACAAUCCAUUACUUGCGAACUUUGUCCUUCACGCGUGACGUGUCUCUCUCUCUUUUUUUUUUUUUUUUGAAACACUCGAAAAGAAAGAAAGUCAAAAGUUAGCCAAGAAUGUGGCGUGAGUGUUAGCUGGUUAGCCUCAACAGCGGGCGUCCACCAUGGACGACAAAGUUGUCUCCUCGCCAGCUUCGGCGUCACCGGCUUGUCGUCCGAACGACGAGCUGAAGAAGUUGCUUCAUUUUAAAGUGUACAAGAGGAGGUGGUUGGUGCUCCUAGUGCUCUGCCUGCUCAACUGCUCCAAUGCCACGCUAUGGCUGACCUUCGCACCAGUGGCGGACCAGUCCGCCCAGUACCUGAAGGCCACCUUGGCGGACAUCAACUGGUUGUCGCUGGUCUACAUGGUGGUGUCCGUUCCGCUCAGCGUUGUAUCCACCUGGAUGCUGGACACCAUCGGGCUGCGCAUCACGCUGAUCUUGGGCUCGUGGUUGAACAUGUUCGGCGCCGUCACCCGCAUCAUGGGGGGCCCGCCGGGCGAGGUCUUCAAAAUCGACUACGCGGUGGUGAUGCUGGGCCAGACGAUGGCGGCGGUGGCGCAGCCGCUCGUCAUCUUCACGCCGACCAAGAUGGCGGCGCUCUGGUUCCCGGACCACCAGCGGGCCACGGCCAACAUGAUGGCCUCCAUGGCCAACCCGCUGGGCAUCCUGGUGGCCAACGUGGUGUCGCCUGCCAUCGCGCGCACAUCCAAUCACAUCCCCACGCUGAUGUUGGCCUACGCCACCCCCGCCUGCAUCAUCUGUUUCCUGGCGACGGUUUGCAUACGCAGCAGCGCCCCGCCCACUCCGCCGUCGGCCAGCGCUGAAUUUUCCACCUCCGAACCUUUCAUGCAGGGUGUCAAACUGCUGCUGAAGAAUCGAGCGUACCUGGUGCUGCUGCUGUGCUUCGGCUCCGGCGUGGGCGUGUUCACGUGCUUCUCCACGCUGCUGGACCAAAUCCUAUGCGUGCAGGGCUACACCAACGACUUUGCGGGCCUGUGUGCCGCCCUCUUCAUCGUGUUUGGCAUUGUAGGCGCCGCCUUACUGGGGCGCUAUGUGGACAAAACCAAACGCUUCACAGAGGUCAUCAAGAUCAACAUGGCCUUCUCUGCCUUGGCGGGUAUCGCCUUCUCUGUGGUGUGCCUGAUGCAGCGGCAGAGCGUCGCCGUGGCGGCCGUGUGCUCACUCUUCGGCUUCUUCGGGUUCUCCAUUUUCCCGGUGGUCAUGGAGGUGUCCGUGGAAUGUUCCUACCCUGUGGGAGAGGCCACCUCGGCCGGACUCAUCUUCAUAUCGGGACAAAUCCUGUCCAUCGUCUACAUCGUCCUCCUCCAGUCUUUGGCCACGCCCGUCGCCGAGUCACCGCGCUCCACGUGCGGGCUCGCCCCUCAAAGCUGGAAGGUGUCCAUGAUGGUGCUGGCAGCGCUGACCACCACCUUCACUUGCAUCUUCAUAGUCGUCUUCCGCACGCGCUACAGGCGCCUGGAGGCCGAAGAGGACGCCACCUACGGGCGCAAACGAGACACCGACCCCACCCAAGCCAGUGUGGACACGUGAUCCAUAAUGAGAGAAUAACCAAGCUUUUUUUUUUUUUUUUUUUUUUUAUAAAUGUUUUAUAAAUUAAUGGCACACACACAUUUAUAAACCAGUUUAAAAUCGGG